AUGACAGAAUGGGCCCUGCUCCUGUCAGUGCUGCUAUGUGACUUCGCAAGCCCCACGCACCUGUUUCAGCCCAGUCUGGUGAUGGACAUGGCCAAGGUCCUCUUGGACAACUACUGCUUCCCAGAGAACCUUAUGGGAAUGCAGGCCGCCAUCGAGCAGGCCAUGAAGAGCCGGGAGAUUCUAGCCAUCUCUGACCCUCAGACGCUGGCUCAUGUGCUGACGGAUGGAGUACAGAGCUCACUGAAUGACCCGCGCCUGAUCAUUUCCUAUGAGCCCAGCACUGUGGAGAGCCAGCAUCAAGCCCCAGCACCCACCAACCUCAGCCAGGAGGAGCUGCUGGCCGGGUUACAGAAAAGCGUCCGCCACGAGGUCCUGGAAGGCAACGUAGGCUACCUGCGCGUGGAUGACCUCCCCGGCCAGGAGGUGCUAAGCAGGCUGGGUGGCUUCCUGGUGAACCAUGUGUGGAAGCAGCUCAUGGGUACCUCUGCCCUGGUGCUGGAUCUCCGGCAGUGCACCAGCGGCCACGUCUCUGGCAUCCCCUAUGUCAUCUCCUACCUGCACCCUGGAAACACAGUUCUGCAUGUGGACACCAUCUACGAUCGCCCCUCAAACACCACCACGGAGAUCUGGACCUUGCCGCAGGUCUUGGGAGAGCGGUACGGUGCUGAGAAGGAUGUGGUGGUCCUCACCAGUGGCCGCACUGGAGGCGUGGCUGAGGACAUCGCCUACAUUCUCAAGCAGAUGCGCAGGGCCAUCGUGGUGGGUGAGCGCACGGAGGGGGGUGCCCUGGACCUUCAGAAGCUGAGGAUUGGCCAGUCCAACUUUUUCCUCACUGUGCCCGUGUCCAGGUCACUGGGCCCCCUGAGCGGAGGCAGUCAGACAUGGGAGGGCAGUGGGGUGCUGCCGUACGUCAGCACCCCAGCUGAGCAGGCCCUGGAGAAGGCGCUGGCCAUCCUCACCCUGCGUCGCGCCCUGCCAGGGGUUGUGCACCGCCUGCAGGAGGCCCUGCAGGAGUACUACACCCUGGUCGACCGUGUGCCGGCCCUGCUACACCGCCUGUCUAGCAUGGACUAUUCUACUGUGGUCUCUGAGGAGGACCUGGUCACCAAGCUCAACAGCGGCCUGCAGGCUGUAUCUGAGGACCCCAGGCUCCUGGUGAGGGCUGCGGGGCCUAAAGAAACCUCUUUGGGGCCUGAGGCUGAAUCCCAUGAGCCAUUAGAAGCAGAGCCUGAGGUUCCCGAGGAGGAGGCUGCCCGACAGGCCCUGGUAGACACUGUGUUCCGGGUGUCCGUGCUGCCUGGCAAUGUGGGCUACCUGCGCUUUGACAGCUUCGCAGAUGACUCCGUUCUGGGGGCACUGGGGCCUUAUGUGCUGCACCAGGUGUGGGAGCCCCUGCAAAACACAGAGCACCUCAUCAUGGACCUGCGCCACAACCCUGGCGGGCCGUCCUCUGCCGUGCCCCUGAUGCUGUCCUACUUCCAAGGUCCCGAGGACAGCCCCGUGCGCCUCUUCACCACCUAUGACCGCCGCACCAACAUCACCCAGGAGCAUUUCAGCCGCAGGGAGCUGCCAGGCUCACGCUAUGGCCAUCAGCGUGGGGUGUACUUGCUCACCAGCCACCGCACGGCCACAGCUGCCGAAGAGUUUGCCUUCCUCAUGCAGUCACUGGGCUGGGCCACACUGGUGGGCGAGAUCACAGCAGGCAGCCUGCUCCAUACCUGCACUGUGCCGCUGCUGGACUCACCCGAGGGAGGCCUGGUGCUCACUGUGCCUGUGCUCACUUUCAUUGACAACCACGGUGAGGGAUGGCUGGGUGGCGGGGUGGUGCCGGAUGCCAUUGUGCUGGCUGAGGAAGCCCUGGACAGGGCACAGGAGGUGCUGGAGUUCCACCGCAGCUUGGGCACGCUGGUGGAAGGCACUGGCCACCUUUUGGAAGCCCAUUAUGCACGGCCCGAGGUGGUGGGACGCACGAGGGCCCUGCUGCGGGCCAAGCUGGCACAUGGUGCCUACCGCACAGCUGUGGACCUGGAGUCACUGGCGUCGCAGCUGACAGCUGACCUGCAGGAAGUGUCUGAGGACCACCGCCUGCUGGUGUUCCACAGCCCUGAAGAGCUGGUGGCUGAGGAGGUGCCCCUGCCACCCCCUGCUGUUCCCUCUCCAGAGGAGCUCUCCUAUUUCAUCGAAGCUCUGUUCAAGACCGAGGUACUGCCGGGCCAGCUGGGCUACCUGCGUUUCGACGCCAUGGCUGAACUGGAAACAGUAAAAGCCAUUGGGCCACAGCUGGUGCAGCUGGUGUGGCAGAGGUUGGUGGACACAGCCGCACUGGUCGUGGACCUGCGCUACAACCCUGGCAGCUACUCCUCAGCUGUGCCACUGCUCUGCUCCUAUUUCUUCGAGGCAGAGCCCAGCCAGCACCUCUACUCCAUCUUUGACAGGGCCACCUCAAGUAUCACAGAGGUUUGGACUCUGCCCCAUGUUGCUGGGCAGCGCUACGGCUCCCACAAGGACCUGUAUGUCCUGAUGAGCCACACCAGUGGCUCUGCAGCAGAGGCCUUUGCUCACACUAUGCAGGACCUGCAGAGGGCCACUGUCAUUGGUGAGCCCACGGCCGGAGGCGCACUCUCCGUGGGCAUCUACCAGGUGGGCAGCAGCCCUUUAUAUGCUUCCAUGCCCACCCAAAUGGCCCUGAGUGCCACUACUGGUGAGGCCUGGGACCUGGCUGGCGUGGAGCCUGACAUCACUGUGCCCAUGAGCGAGGCCCUAUCCACAGCCCAGGACAUAGUGGCCCUACGUGCCAAGGUGCCCACAGUGCUGCAGACAGCAGGAAAGCUGGUGGCUGAUAACUAUGCCUCCCCAGAGCUGGGGGCCAAGAUGGCAGCCAAGCUAAGUGGCCUGCAGAGUCGCUAUGCCAGGGUGACCUCGGAAGCUGCCCUCGCUGAGAUGCUGGGGGCCGAUCUGCAGAUGCUAUCUGGGGACCCACACCUGAAGACAGCCCAUAUCCCUGAAGAUGCCAAGGACCGCAUUCCUGGGAUUGUCCCCAUGCAGAUCCCAUCGCCAGAAGUCUUUGCAGAUCUGAUCAAGUUUUCUUUCCACACCAACGUGCUGGAGGACAACAUCGGCUACUUGAGGUUCGACAUGUUCGGGGACUGCGAGCUCCUCACACAGGUCUCCGAGCUGCUCGUGCAGCACAUCUGGAAAGAGAUCGUGCACACAGAUGCCAUGGUCAUCGACAUGAGGUUCAACAUUGGCGGCCCCACCUCCUCCAUCUCAGCUCUGUGCUCCUACUUCUUUGAUGAGGGCCCACCUGUUCUGCUGGACAAGAUCUACAGUCGCCCCAAUGACUCUGUCACGGAGCUCUGGACCCACACCCACCUGGCAGGUGAACGCUACGGAUCCAAGAAGAAUGUGGCCAUCCUGACCAGCAGCGUGACUGCCGGGGCAGCUGAGGAGUUCACCUACAUCAUGAAGAGGCUGGGCCGGGCCCUGGUCAUUGGGGAGGUGACCAGUGGGGGCUGCCAACCACCUCAGACCUACCAUGUGGAUGACACCCACCUCUACAUCACCAUCCCCACUGCUCGCUCUGUGGGGGCCACAGAUGGCAGCUCCUGGGAAGGAGUGGGAGUGACACCACAUGUCCUAGUCCCUGCAGAGCUGGCCCUCACCAGAGCCCAGGAGUUGCUCCAGCAUGACCUUCGAGCGUGA